AGGAGGACCCCAUCCCCCCCCAACUGAUGGUGGUGGUGGUGGAAAGCAGGCCCAUCACAGGUGCAUCACUGGCCCAGGAUGUCGGAGCGUGGAUUCGAUAUCUUUAGCGUCGGAGGCGCUUACAUUCGUGCAGCGAGAGCUCCAGAGGACCUUCUCGGAGAUCGCUGAGCAGGAGCGCCAGCACGGAUACGUGACAGGAUCUGUCAUGAGCCCCGCGCAGAUAUCUUGUGUCGGGGGCGCGAGAGGGCAGACAACCAUCUACGGCCAAAUUCGGUUAACACCCUUCCUUGAACCACAGGCUGUCAUGGAGAAGGUGGACAGACUGGUCGAUCAGUUUGCUGAGGAACGGCGACGGUCUGAUGGAACAGCCGCUGGAUUGUCGCCCGACCAUUGCGAAAUUCCUGUGGAUCUUCGAUGGGGCGACAGGAUCGAGAUUGGUACAGUCCGCACCGUCAGAACUUGCAAGGAUAGAAGAGAAGGCAACCGAAGCAUCGUGACUCCACUGCUGCCUCACAUUCUGGAAGGUGUUACGAUCCCUCCGAUCAACCUCCCCGAUGCAACCGCCUCAGUGGAGCCGAGUGCUCAGAGGUUGCUGGAGCGGGUCCUACGCGAGGACUGCAGCGAACGAGACUCUGAGCUCGAGACGUUUUGCGCAGACGGCUGCAUACCGCAUCUGCGGCACGCGCAGAGAGAAGGAUUCGACAUUCAGCUCUGCGGCUUCGGGCCGACCGACGGAGACGCGGAUUGUUGCUCCAUGAAGCUGAUGCACAGGGGGUUCGACAUCUUGCGCCGGGUCAUCUUCCUUCAGGAGAGGCUGGACAUGGACUGUGCGGCUGGGCGGGGCCUCUCGGAGCCGCAGGUGCCCUCGGAGCAGGAAUCCGCAGAGCAGCGCCUGGCAGAGCAGGCGACGGCGCAGGAUCCGAGGUGGUCCCCCAUUGAAGCGUGGCCCAUCGCCAUGGCCCGGAAGCGCUCCUACUCCGAGGAGGCCUCGCCCUCGCAGCUGCACGCCGCCCUCGGAGCCGAGCGCCGCCGGGCCUCGUCGCCUCUCGGCGCCCAGCGGUCGCCCUGCGGGAGGGCGCCCGCGCGGAGGAGCGCCUCCUGGGCCGACGGCGGACGCGCCGCCUGGGCCGAGCUCGACCUGGGCAGCGACGCGGCCUGCAGGCUACUCCGCACGCCAGACGGGAAGGAACCUGCGGAGGACGGGGCGUCCGUCACCGCGACGCCCGACCUGGCCCUGAACAGCGACGGGGCGUCCGUCCUCGCGACGGGGCACCCGUCGUCGCGUCGACAGAGCCCAGGCCGGCCCGACAGCCUGGAGGACCCGCUCCCAGCGCAGGAGUCCCCUGGCGCGUCGCUGCCCUGCGGGGCGCCCGUCGCCGAGGAGCGGACGCCGGACGGAGCAGCCACGCGGGAGGCCUCGCGCAUCGCGCAGCGCGAAGGUCAACGGGUGGAGGGCGGCACAAGCGCGGGGCCUCCGCGGGGUCGCGUGUCCCGGGUGCGCUGGGCGGCAGUUCCCCGCCGCCUCGGGACAGGCGCCUCCUCGGCGGAGAGCUCUGCGGGAACGCCGGCGAGGAAGUGUUCUGGGCGAGCGAGGCUCAGACCUCCAGCGUCUUGAUCAAAAUCAACCGCUUUUGUUCUUCAGUUCUGACAUUUUGGGGUACCGUCCCCGACCUCUGGACCCCGUGAACAGUCUUCUCAUCCCACAUGUUUUUGUUAUGUGCCCUCCAGAGGAGGGACAUCCAGCCGUCGCGAUGGUUCCCGUGACGACAGAUGUACGGCUCCACAGGGUAUAUUGUGCCGUCUUUGACAGGAUUGCACAGAUCAGUGCGCCGGAAGUCUGAGAAGGCAGCCCCAGCCCCAAAGUCGGGUGGCUGCUUGGGCUUUUCAGGCACACGCCGGCGCCGUGCAUCGCCAGGGACCAGAGCUCGCCGACGCCGACGCCGCGGCAGUGGUCGCCGCGCCGGCCCCCAAGGCCCGAGGUCCGCGGGAGCCCCCGGCAUGACGCGGGCCGCGGGGCGCCGGGGGGACCGCCCAGCGGGCCGUGGCCGUGCGCCGCGAGAACCGCGCGCCGGCUGGAGUGGUAGGGUAAAGGGCAGGGCAGUGGUCGGCGACCACACGCUGGGCCUCCGGGCCGGCCGCCCUGGCCGCCCGCAGACAGAUUGUGCUCGGCCGAGCGCGGCCUCGAGGCCAACGCUUCGCUUGGAGCAGUGCGAAGUCGCGCGCUUCCUGGGCCAGGGUCCCGAGUGGGC